GACUUGGAUGUGAUGUCUGUAGGAGUUCUCUGGGGUAUAUAAGUGCGAUUCUGUACCGGUCAGUGACACUUACUGUUAAAGUUUGUCGAAUCUCAUCCUACUACAUCGCUUUUGCCAUGGGGCCUCGUCCGCUACCUCUCCUCUGCAGUUUGAUUGCAGUGGUUUUUCUCGUCAACCGUGCAAAAGGACUCGCCGUACCCAAAGCUUCGCCUCUCCAUAUUUUGUUUGUUGUUGUUGACGACCUCGGCUGGAGUGAUGUCGGAUUUCACGGCUCGAAAAUCGAAACUCCAAAUAUUGACGGAUUGGCAGCGGAAGGGGUCGAACUGGACAACUAUUACGUUCUACCGGUUUGCACUCCCACAAGAAGCGCUUUCAUGACAGGACGAUAUCCAAUACAUACCGGUAUGCAACACUUUGUGUUGGGUCCGGCAAGUCCAUAUGGAUUACCCCUUAACUUCACCACUUUGCCCCAGAAGAUGAAAGACCUAGGUUAUGCAACUCACAUGGUCGGUAAAUGGCACCUUGGUUACAACAAAUGGGCCUAUACACCUACUUAUCGUGGCUUUGAUUCAUUUUAUGGCUAUUACAAUGGAGCUGAAGAUCACUACACUCAUGAAAUCCAGAACAUAUUGGACUUACGAGAUGAUGAAGAACCUGUAAGGGACCUGAAUGGGACAUAUGCCACAUUUGCUUUUACAAAGCGAGCAACUGAAAUUAUCAAGUCACACAACCCAUCAAAUCCCCUUUUCAUGUAUAUGGCAUUCCAAAAUUGCCAUGGCCCCGUCCAAGCACCCAAAGAAUAUACAGACAAGUACAGUUUCAUAACAGAUGAAACUCGCAGAACUUAUGCAGGCAUGGUGAGCAUCACAGAUGAAGCGAUAGGAAAUAUCACACAGACCAUGAAGGAUGCUGGGUUGUGGGAAAACACACUUAUGGUUUUAACUACUGACAAUGGAGGAAUCCACAGUCGUGGAGGAUAUAAUUAUCCCCUUCGUGGAGAGAAGACAACUUUGUGGGAGGGAGGGGUGAGAGGAGUCAGCUUUGUCCAUGGAAACAUGCUGGGCAGAAAAGGAGUUGUAAGCAAAGAACUUAUGCAUGCUACAGAUUGGUACCCAACAUUGGUGAAUCUUGCAGGUGGUAAUGCUGAUCAAGAAUCAACACCCUUGGAUGGCAUGGAUGUCUGGAACACCAUCUCCCGUGGCGACCCUUCACCAAGGAAGGAGAUUCUUCUCAAUAUUGACCCCUCUCCUCUUGACAAUGGCGAUCCAUCCAUUUCCUUCUAUGAAGGAGUUGCACUCAGAUCAGGGCAUAUGAAAAUUUUGAUGGGUGUGGAUAAUGACACUUGGUAUACCCCCCCGGAACUGGGUGGAAAAUCAGACAGGAAACAUGUGAUUUCCCACAAAAAGGAUAAAGUUCUGGAUUUACUGGCAUCUACCAAAGAGAACGUUGGAAGUCGCCUGAAAGUUGUUUUGUAUAACGUUACCGCCGACCCAACGGAACAUGAAGAUCUUAGUGAGAAACUCCCAGACGUAGUCAAGGAAUUGCAAGAAAGAGUGCAGUACUACAUUAAAGGGAUGGUGCCUGCGUUUAACAAACUGCCUGAUCCUCGGGCUUUCAUUAAAGCAGAAUUGGAAGGUAUCUGGACACCAUGGCAAGACUGAAUUACUGUAGAUGUACACUGUUGGGAAGUACUUGUCAAGUGAUUUCUUAGUUGCUCAACAGAAGUGAAGCUGUAACCUUUGUGUAUUGCAGACUAAUGCACUCUAGCUAGAGUCACCAAAGAUUACGGACUCACAAAAUUGAAGUUUAAGUUUCAAACUGAUAUAAAGCACAAUUAAUUUCACACGGACGAAGUACAAUUUGUAGUCUUGAAACUGUGAGUAGGUCAAAUCAUGCUUCUCUCGUAGGACUAUUCAAUCAUAAGAACCCUGUUACAAUAGAGGCGUCUGUGAUUGCAGUCUAGUGCAGUUGAAUUAACGGGUCACUCAGGAUUACUGCGUCAUGAAGUUUUAGUGCCAGUUGUAAAGCACAAUUUUCAUGUAAUAAGUACAAUUUGUAGUCUUGAAAAUGUGUAACAAGAAAUCUUGCUUCCGUCGGAUACGUGUAUCAACAGACCUUUACUAAUUUAGAAGCUUCGGUACUCUUUGUCAGUCAUGGGUGCAAGUAGGUUUAGAUGAAAUAAUAUAUUUUUCUUGCACUUAAAAGGUGUGCCGUACGUUCUCCGGACUUAAAAGGAGUUGGUUCAUUUAUUCGUAAGAUGCAAUUCCGUCAGAGUGCGCAAUGCGAUUUCCUUCUGUUAAGUAGGGAAUAUUUUGCCUUGCAUUGAGUACACGAUGCGUUUCCAGAACGCUAAGUGCAGAUUACAGUCUUUCCCCUCAUUCAAGUUAUCAAUACCUUCCCCUCAAUGAAAUACGCGAUACGUUCCUCUGAAUUUUGAAACGUGUUAUGCUUCAUUGUGUGUGGGUACAUUAAAAUUUUAUCUGCAGGCUA